GCGCUUUUCCCUCUGGUUUCAUUAGUCAGUAGUGUCUGGAUUUAAGCGCGGAAAGAGACAAUGUGGAAUUAGUACGUGAUACUUAGUGUCAGGAAACGUCUUUUAAUCUGUGAGGCACAAUCAAGACGUUAAGGUUUUAUUUAAAGUUUUUACGAGUACCGGGAGCAAUCCUCGACCACAGUUAUGAAGUGCUUGGCUCGGAGCAGAUCUACAGCGGCCUCUCGGCAUGCAGACAAAGCUAAAGCUGAAACCUGCGCUGAGUUAAAGGGACAGAAGAAAACUACGUGCGCCCCCAGCCUACCAUCCUCCAUCUCACGCCGUUCACUUCCUGCUCAACCAAAAGGCCCUCAUAAUAAAGAGAACUGUGAAGAAAAACCUUGCUCUGUAGAUGUGCUUUCUGACGAUGAGCAGUUCUCAGUUCUCAGCAGUUCUAGUCUCGUAGAAGACAGCGGUUACCUCUCCCUUCACAACAGCCAGUUAGAGCAUGAUGCUGAUUUGAAUGGUCCAGAAUCGGUGCCGAGAAGUCCGGAGGACGAAGAAUCUAGUUUGUCUUCAAAUGUUCAGUCUUGCUCUAAGUCUGCCUGCCUACCUGUCCUGAAAUUCCAGAAUGAUGUGUGCAAAGCUCUGAAAAAGAGCUACAGGAAACAUCAAAGCUAUGACUGGUCUGUUGUCAGCACAGUUGCUGAAAAUCAUGGACUCCACAAUGUCAUUGGAGCCAAAAUGGGUCUGGACUAUGUAGACAUUUUUUGUGGUUUGUUAAAGAAAGACAUGAAACACAUCCUGACCAGGAUCUUGAGCUUUCUUGGAGACUGUGACUUGAUAAACUGUAAGAAGGUGAGCAGGACAUGGCGAAGAAUCAUUUGCCAGGACAAGCAAGCCCUUCAGAGGUGCAGAGAAGCUGAGCCAAUGCUAAAGGAUACUGCAAAGUCAGUAGGGUCUUUAUCCAGAGACUUUGGCCUUAGCAGGGUGGUGUUUUCCUGCCUACAGUCUGUCGCUUCCUCCACACCUAUCCACAGACCUACAAAGAAGACCCUGAGCCAGACAGAUAGCACACUGAACACGCCUAAAUCAAGCCGAAUUGAAAAGUUUCAGGAGGCUGCAAAAUCUUUGAAAGCACACGAGGCAUUAAGGAGUUGCCGUCUUUGUGGAUCGCCUGCACGAUUUGACUCUGCUAUGAAAAGGGCCGUGUGUACGCGGGUUAGCUGUGCCUUUGACUUUUGCUCCGUCUGCCAGUCGGAGUACCAUGGGUCUACCCCGUGCCAAAGGGGAAUUUUACGGACAUCGCACUGUGAAACAGCACACUUGGCAGGUUCCACACGCAGCAAACGCAGCGUACGGCGCCUCUGAGACGCAACCGUAUGAACACUUAAUGCACCUUUUAAUAAAAAUGUCUAUUUCUGAAAUAAUUUUAUGAAAAAAAUUUUAUGUGGGCUUUGAAGUCUGGUUGUUCCUCACUGUGAAGAGAUGUAGGUCACUCUGUCUGUGAUUCUAGCACAUGUAAAAAAAAAAAAAAGAAAUACUGUUUUACUGAAAGCCAAAAAAGAAACAUAAGAGGAUUAAUCAGCCUUUUCUAGAAUUGUUAUAACACAUUUUAUAAACUUUUAUAAGAAUUGUAAAUGUGCGAGUAAAACGAUAUUUGUGCCUUGUCAAGUGAACUGUAAAUAUGUACAUGGCUGA